AUGGGAACCAGGCUGGACCAGGAGGAGAGCCAGGGCUGGCGGGGUCCAGAGAAGCAGGAAGAACCUUCCGGGGGCACUGGUCCCGCCUCACCCCUGGAAGCCAUGACUGAGGCCAGAAGGCUGCCCCCACCACUGCCUCCACGACUGGACUGGUUCGUGCAGACGCAGGUGGACCAGCUGACCCGUGAAGGGGUCCCUGAAUGGUUCCAUGGUGCCAUCUCGAGAGAGGAUGCUGAGAACUUGCUGGAGUCACAGCCCCUGGGAUCCUUCCUCAUCAGGGUCAGUCACAGUCACGUGGGCUACACACUGUCUUACAAAGCUCAGAACUGCUGCCACCACUUCAUGGUGAAACUGUUGGAUGAUGGGAGCUUCAUGAUCCCUGGGGAAGAGAGGGCCCAUGAUUCUCUAGAUGCUUUGGUCACCUUCUAUCAGCAGCAGCCACUGCGGCCACAUGGGGACCUGCUGAUGCAAUCCUGCCCACAGAAGGAUCCAGAAAAUGUGGAUUAUGAAGAUCUCUUCCUUUACUCCAACGCAUUGGCUGAAGAAGCCACCAGCUCUGCCCUUGGCUUCAACGAACAUCAGAUUCCCUCCUCUUAUCCCAUGGCCCCGCUCAAGGAGGCCUCUGCAAAGCCAGGCCUGCUCCAUCAGUCAAAGGAAAGGAAGCUGUCAGCAAGGCUGGUAGGUGCAUCCAUGGAGGGUCCUCUUCGGGAGGCUUAUCAGAAACUCUGGAGGAACCUCAAGAUGCUCCCCAAGACAGGCAAGAAGGCCCAGCAACAGCUGAAAUCCCACCUGGUGGCUUUGAGCUCAUCGUCAGUGACCAACGGCUCAGAAACCGGGACAGGUGACACAGCCUGGGAAAAUCACGUCGGCGAGGACCGCUCUGUGGCCACGUCCCCCGCGAGCCCCCCACAGCCUGGAGCUCCCAGAGACAGACGGGGCCCCUCCAGGAAAACCUCAAGGUCCGUCAGCUGGAGCGAGGCAACCUCGAAGGUCAGGGACUGGCACCAGACAGUAGUAAGGGUCCUGUCCUUACAGGCGUCCAAGCCAGAACCAGUGGACUUGAGAGACCCACAGGACUCUCUCCCCGAGGAGUACCGCCCCCCACCACCCUUCGCCCCUGGGUACUGCUAG